AUAGUUUCAGACCAAGAAAACAAACAUUCCACAUACUUGCUUUCAGAAUUUGUCUUCCACAAUUUUGUUGCCAUGGUGAAGAAAAACCCUAGCCUCGGUCGCCAGAAGAUUGCAAUUGAAAAAAUACAGAAGAAAAGCUGUCUCCAAGUAACAUUCUCUAAGAGAACAGCUGGGCUUUUCAAGAAAGCAAGUGAGCUGUGCACCCUUUGUGGGGUGGAAAUUGGAAUAGUAGUCUUCUCCCCUGCCAACACGCCAUUUUCUUUUGGUCACCCUCAAGUUGAGUCUCUCUUUGAUCGCUUCCUUACCCGAAACCCUCACAGGAAGGGUUCCUUUCAUCAUGAUCAAUUAAUUGAAUCUAAUCGCGAUGCUCAUGUUUGCAAACUUAACUUUCAUCUGACACAGCUUCUUAAUCAGUUGGAAGUUGAGAAAAAGCAAGGGGAAGCUUUUGACCGAAUUCAGGAAGAAGUAAGGAGGCAGUGCUGGUGGGCUGCGCCUAUUGAUGAACUUGGAGUGCAGCAGCUAGAACAGCUAAGGGCGGCGUUACAGGAGCUAAAGAAGAAUGUUGGAAGACAAAUCAACCAGAUUUUAUAUGGUGCUAACUCAUCAACUCCUAAUAAUAAUGGUUAUGGUAAUGUCUGUUUCUGAAGAACUAAUUCAGACAGAUGAGAGCUAGGACCUCAUUAGCUCAGUAAUAUGUCUUCCUUUCCAGUUUUAGACUAUGUUGUAAUAAAAUGGGGCGAUGUUA